AUGGGGAAAGCCCCCGCCGCGAUCGUUAUUGCGAGACAUGGUGCCCGUUUAGAUGCUGCCGAUAAGAACUGGCAUCUGACGUCUCCAACUCCCUACGACCCUCCGCUUUCUUAUGGCGGUUGGCUUCAGUCCCGUGCUCUGGGGGCCCGUAUCGGCAAUGUUUUAAAGUCUCUGGACAACGAUAUCCUUCCCGAGCAAACAGAUGGCGAGACGUUGCCAUCGUUUCGCCCACAUCCUUCCAAGCGAAAGCGUCGAAUUGUUAUCCAUUCCUCCCCCUAUCUUCGGUGUCUACAGACCUCGAUCGCUGUCGGUUCCGGGAUAAGCCAGCACUAUCCCGAUAGCACAGGCCCAGGCCCGGGUUGGAGUCAGCCGAAUGGGUUCCUGUCCGCCCCCGUCAUGUCUCCAGCACAGGAGCCGACCACUGGCGCAAUCACCAGUGCCCCUGCAGCUCCCGGUGAUCAGCGAUCUCUUCUACGUGUUGACGCCUUUCUCGGCGAAUGGCUAUGUCCAGACUAUUUCGAGGAAAUUACCCCGCCCCCUAAGUCAGAGAGGCUGAUCGCUGCCGCCAAGGCCGAACUAUUACGACGCGACAGCAUCGUACCGGAAGCCGAUACUAAACCUGCCACGGGCUUUUUCCCGGGUGGCUGGGGCAGCCUUGGCAACAAACCCCUGUCUCCCCCUAUUGAAGAGGAGGAUCGCAAGGUCUAUUCCGUGUACACGUCAAACGAGCGUCGGGAGGGACAGAGAAAUCGGGCCGGCAGUUGUGACACCCUGCGGUCCGCAGACACCCCACGCACCCGGAGGUUGCUCAGCAAAAUCAACACCAACCUCCCGCCCAUCCCCGAUGGGGCGUACAUGCCCCCGACGCCGAGCUAUGCCAUCUCGCCGUCCGAUCCGAUCCCCACCGGUUAUGUCACGCACGCUCGGGAUGCUUGUGUGAGAAUCGACUAUCCGUGGGAUAGCAUGCGAGACCCGCCGAAUUGGGGAAAUGGGGGUGAGUACGGCGAAGAAUGGAGUACGAUGCACACGCGCUUUCAUACCGGACUGGAGCGGAUGGUCCGCUGGUAUCAGGAGCACGAUGCAUCCCUUCCCUCCGGUCGGCGUCGGCGUCAUUCGCAACUAUCCGUGUCCGAGAGCGCAGAGGAGUCGAAGAUCCCGGACGACGAGGACGAGCCCACCGACACGAUCUUGGUAAUCGUCACUCAUGGGGCAGGCUGCAAUGCACUCAUCGGAGCCAUCACCGGCGAGCCUGCCCUUGUGGACAUCAAUACGGCGUCCCUCACGCUGGCAGUCCCGAAGGACCGGGUGGCUGUCACCGAGAAAGCAGACACGAUCGGCGGACCUGUAGCGCCGUAUCGUCCCGGAAACGAUCAGGUCGAGUUACGCGAUUACAAGCUACAGCUGGUGGCGUCGACCGAUCAUUUACGGCCGGUCACGAACCUGUCGACAUCCGUCCUUUCAUCGCCCAGUAGUUUAAGUUCUCCAUCGUCCGCAUACCGUCCUCGAUUCUCGACCCGCCCGUCUUUACCACAAGGCGGGUUCGUGAUCGGUCCUUCUGCUGUGUCUGGACCGGGCACCGGUUCGUGGACAUUUUCACGACCUUCCACCGCUCCUCGCGGUCCCAGCGGUCUGUGGGGCUCUAACUCGAUCUCGGCCGGGGACACGGCGGACGAUAUCAUCCCCAACUUCGGUGAUCCCUGGUCGGGGUCCAAUGGGACUAGCAACAAUGACCACCACUCCGGCAAGAAGUCGGAAGAGUCGUCAGAUUGGACGCCACAGCUGCCACAGAGAACGCUCUCUCAACGAGGUCUAUGGGGGAGUAGGCCUUCGAAGGAGCCCCAUGUCAAGCGGCGCUGGACGGUGACCGAACGACGAGUUUAA